GACAACAUCCCUGCUGCUGAGUUGAAAUGUUUGUCCACUUAGCCUGUCGUGAUGCGAGCUUAGUUGUUUGCGAAUAUAUAGUCCAUUGAAAAUAUUGUUUUUUUGUUAUUAAGUGAGCUGAUAUGCCAUGAAGCUAACACGGAAACUGGUGCUCGCUAAGGCGAAGGCCUCCGACCUGGAAAGCGUGAAGAAACUGAACUGCUGGGGAUGCAACCUGACUGAUAUUUCUAUCUUCUCUCAGAUGCCCAACAUUGAGGUGCUGACACUGAGUGUCAACAGCAUCUCGUCUCUCUCUCCUCUGGCCGGCUGUCUGGCUCUGACUGAGCUGUACCUGAGGAGGAACAUGAUUCCUUCCCUCUCCGAGCUCUCUCACCUGCGUCCUCUGACUCGUCUCAGAGUUCUUUGGUUGGCUGAGAAUCCCUGCUGUGGAACUGACUCCAGCCAGUAUCGGCUCACUGUGCUGCGCUGCCUGCCCCGUCUUCAGAAACUUGACAACCAAGUAGUGACAGAGGAUGAAAUUGCACUGGCUCUCAUGGAAGGCGAGGAGGUCACCACACCCCCAGGUAGUAAUCAGAACCAGCUGUCCUCCAACGGACUUCCAGACACAGAGACGGAGAAUGAUCCGCUGAACUACAACAUGGAGGAGACAAACAAAAUCAGAGAAGAGUUGGGGAUGAAACCUCUCUCCAGAGACAAGUUCUCCUCUCUUUCUUCACCAUCAACCAGAGAAACCAAACUAUCACUGAAAAGGACACACACUCUUGAUGCGGUUCUGCUGCUGCUGAGGGAUCUGGAUGAAGAGGAGCUUCAUAUUGUUCACACAGCUACACAGAACAGACUCCAGACGUACACACUGGACUCAGAGACGUUCAAAGAUUCACAGCAGACACAGAAAACCGCCGAAAUCCAGCACUGAUUUUUCACAGCAUGCACUCCGGGCCCAACAUCUCGCUCCCCUUUCCAUGUUUGACCCAAACCUCAGGAUCCCUGCAUUCUGCUCUGACAUUCAGCCCGCACUGAGCACGGCCUGCGAUUUAACGGCACCACCUCUUUCCCCUUUUGUGGUCCAGUUUUCCAAUGUGGACGAUUCCUCCCCUUGCUUUUUCUAAAAUGGCUGCAUGCCUUCCUGCCAUGUAAGAACAAAAGAAUGUAUGUUUUGCUAAACUUUAAAUCUAUUUCUGUAAUUAAAGAGAAUAAGCAACAAUAAA